AUGAUCCACUUUUUUCGGUUCUUCCACUCCUUCCCCGCACUCGUCCUCUCCAAGCUCGCCGCCUCCGACCACGUCUCCUCCGCCGCCUCCGCCCUCUCCGAGUCGCUCGCCUCGGGGGCCCUCCGCGCCUUCUCCUCCCACCGGGCCGCCCGGGGCCCGGAUCCUCCCUCCCCGCCGCUGCACGACCGGAUCUUGGACCGCCUCCUCUCCCCCGACGGCGCCGGGUUCGCCUCCGCCAUCCUCGGGAGCUUCGCCAGGAACCUCGUACUCUCCUGCCGUGAUCCCGAGGCCCGGCCCCGCGCCCCUGGCCAGCCGGACUGGCUCGCCGCGCUGUGCAGCGACAGGGGCAAGGAGGCCGCCGCGGAGCUCGUCCGGGUGUUCGUCAGCACCGCCGUCGCCGCCUACCUCGACAGGACCGCGGCCGUGCGCACCUCCGACCAGGUGCUCGCAGGCGUCACUGACCCCAAGCACGACGCCAAGCUCAAGGACCUGCUCGUGUCCGUCUGCAACGGCACCGUCGAGACGUUUGUCAGGACCUCACGGCAGGUCACAAAGGAGGCCUCCAUUUCUCGAGCUGAAGCAGCAGUGGUGCAAGAGGUUUGCAAUUCAGGUCCUAGCUGUGUAAUGGAGAGAGUAUCGACCACAUUGGCCAUACCAAGCAACCGGAGGUUUGUGCUGGAUGUCACGGGCAGGGUCACCGCAGAGAUGGUCCGGUCAUUCCUCGAGUUCUCGACUCAGCGGGUGUCCGCUGGUGCACGAAAGAGCAUUGUCGUUGCCCGUGACGAAAUCACUGAAAGGGGUCUCGUCGCCGUCAAGUACAUGAGCGCCAAGUCCAUGGCCAUCUUCACCUUAUGCCUCACAAUGUGCAUGCACAUUUCGGUUGGAAUGAGGUUCCCGUUGCCGGCCUAGGCAUAGCCUGGUGUGGACUUCAAGGUGACAUUGUUCCAGUUAUCCUGAUUGUAGUUGGAAAGUAAAGUAUGUAGAUUGCAAAUUGAUCGUUUGCUACUGCUAGCCUUUUUUCUGUGCUGUUGACUAGCAUUUGGAAGCAGAAAUCUGUUGGAUUUGUAGUUGUUGGUUUGUUGUUUGUGAUAGUCUGAUAGGGAGUAUAUAGGCCACGAAUGGAUAAUUUUGCAACUUUAGUGUAAGGUUUCAUAUGUA